AAAAUAUCCCCUUCUGGCGAAUUUUAUAACUAUGCAUAUGUCAAAAAUUCUUGCAAAGUUAUCAAAUAAUGUCAAAAUAUUUAUCUCUUUAAAUAUAAAAUAUAUCGUUUAAAAUACUCCUAAUAAUUUUUUAUAAUUAAUUAAUUGUUAUUUUAGAAGAUAAAUACUGUCAUCAAAAAUGAAGCAUCAGUUUGUGGAUCCGAAAUCGAGUUCUGGAAACAAGGGUGAAGCUGAUGAAUGUUUAUUUGAGUAUUUACACGCAGAAAUAGUUAAUUAUGUAUUAACCACAUCCGUUAACACUGGGGAAAAAGAAGAAGAUUUAUCGCGAUUGGAAUCAAUGGGCUUCAGUGUUGGUUAUCGUAUAAUUGAAAGACUGACGAGAGAGUGGCCACGAUUUAAAGACGAAUUGGACACGAUAAAAUUUAUAUGCACAGAUUUUUGGACGAGUUUAUAUCAGAAACAAAUUGAUAAUUUACGUACAAAUCAUCAUGGCACUUAUAUGCUGCAAGACAAUUCUUUUCGUUUAUUGGCCAGUAUUGGAGGCAAUGGCAGUAAACAAUAUCUACGUGAAAGUCCACGACUAUUAGCAUUCACCUGUGGUCUUCUUCGUGGAAGUUUAGCGAAUUUGGGAAUUCCAUGUACAGUCGACGCUGAAGUUGCCGCUUUACCAAGUUGUAAAUUUAACGUCUACGUUCAACGAAUAUAGUAAAAAUAUUUUUCGUUUUUUAAAUAUAUCCUUUUUAAGGUAAGAUUAUUUAUAUAUUUUUUUUCUCCAACAAUUGUCACCGUGCAAUUUUUGUUUUUAGAAAAAAUGCAAAAAUUUGUUUUUAUACCUUUUAUUUUUAAGAAAUACAAUAUUAUUUUUGAAUUGUCGAAAUUAUGAGGACAUUUCAAUAUAAUUAUGUUAAAUAAAAGUACUGUAGAUUGUAUAUAAUCCAAUUUAAAAAUUAAACAUUUUAUAAAAAGUGUGAAGAAAUAAAAAAUUUUUAAUUAACUAUAUUAAUAUUUUGAGGACUGAAAGUCUUUCAAGUUUCCCAAAUUUUUAAUUCCGUAAAGUUGAGAUUAAGUCAGUUUUAAAAA